UAUGCCAAAAAUAACACCUACUCUUGUUCAGCACCCAAAGUCGAAGGAUAGCUCUGGCCUUUCAAUGGAAGAAAGUGCUAGAUUUGUCAGUGUUGUAUAAUAUCACCAAAUCUCAGUGUCCAUAUUUGUUUUGGCACGAUCGGAAUUGUCUUCAUUUAAUGUGAGAGACAGACUUGGCGUCAAACAUGCGUAAAAACCAACGCGAUCCAAGCAGGGAACCACCGAGAAAGGAAUUAUCGCCGCUCAUCUGAGGCCAAUUUCGGUUAUUUUUGUUAAAUAAGGAAACAUAAAAUAGUUAGCUAGCUAACGUUAGCAUCGUAUAUAGCCAGGUCAACGACAUAUCUUCACACAAAAGCAGAAUCCAGCAGAAAAUCAAGAUUGGAUCGACAUUCGCACAGCAGCAGGAAAACCUAUAGGCAGCAAUGGGUGCAUUCCUGGACAAGCCGAAGACAGAAAAACAUAGCGCUCACGGUGAGGGCAAUGGGCUGCGUUAUGGCCUGAGCUCCAUGCAGGGUUGGCGGGUCGAAAUGGAGGACGCCCACACAGCUGUGGUGGGACUUCCCCAUGGACUCGCCGACUGGUCCUUCUUUGCUGUCUACGAUGGCCAUGCGGGAUCCCGGGUGGCCAACUAUUGCUCUGGUCACCUGCUGGAGCACAUCUUGUCAGGAGGGUCCGACUUCGGUUCAGGUCCUGGCUCUGUAGAGGGCGUGAAGGACGGCAUCCGCUCAGGCUUCCUGAACAUUGACGAGUACAUGCGCAGCUUCACUGACCUGCGGCAAGGCCUGGACCGCAGCGGAUCAACAGCCGUGUGUGUGUUGCUCAGCCCGACCCACCUCUACUUCAUUAACUGCGGUGACUCACGGGCCGUGCUGAGUCGAGAGUGCAAGGUGGGCUUCUCCACCCAGGACCACAAGCCCUGCAACCCCCGUGAAAAGGAGCGCAUCCAGAACGCAGGCGGCUCAGUCAUGAUCCAGAGGGUAAACGGCUCCCUGGCUGUGUCCCGGGCCCUGGGGGACUAUGACUACAAAUGUGUGGAUGGUAAGGGCCCCACAGAGCAGCUGGUGAGCCCUGAGCCUGAGGUAUGUGUGUUGGAGCGGGCGGCCGAAGGAGAUGAAUUUGUGGUGCUGGCAUGUGAUGGAAUCUGGGACGUCAUGUCCAACGAGGAGCUGUGCGAGUUCAUCCACUCACGACUCCUGGUGUGUGAUGACCUGGAGAAAGUCUGUAAUGCAGUGGUGGACACCUGUCUGCAUAAGGGAAGCAGGGACAACAUGAGUGUGGUGCUGGUGUGUUUACCUGGAGCUCCCAAGAUCUCAGAGGAGGCUGUGAAGAAAGAAGAGGAACUGGAUAAAUACCUGGAGACCCGUGUUGAGGAGCUACUGGGAAACUGUGGGGAGUCAGGAGUCCCCGACCUGGUGUCUGUCCUGAGGAGCAUUGCCGCAGAGAGUAUCCCCAACCUUCCGCCUGGUGGAGGCCUGGCCAGCAAACGGAGUGUUAUUGAGGCGGUGUACAACAGGCUGAACCCACACAGAGAAGAGGAAGGGAGUGCCGGUGAGCUGGAGGACCCCUGGUAGCCAAGGCAACGACCCCACCGUCUCCUCCUGGUGAUGGGUGAAUCUGCCCAGAGGAGGAAGUUCUCUCCAUUGCGCCAUGUCUUUCUCCACUAAAAGAGGACAAGUGGUGUGUGUUGGAGCGUGUGUGUAUGUUGGUUGUGUGUGUGUGUGUGUGUUUGCAGCAGUGGGACAAAGAUGACAAUGAUACAGCUACAUGCACACAUACACAUACUGCUUUAAACCUGGAGGAAAAACAAAUAUUCCGGAUUUUCAAGAUUUUAUGAACUGAUUGUGAUGGUAGAGAUGUUUGUUUUGUUUUUUUACCAUUAAGAUGUUUUUUUUUAAUUUCUUUUCUUGAAUAUUGACAUCGAACACCUAACUUCACAGUGACAUGAGGACCUAUAAUGUAUGUGUGUGCGUGUGUGUGUGUGUGUGUGUGUGUGUGUGUGUGUGAGGGUUGAAUUUGUGUGUUUCGAGGAGGGCCAAUUCUUCUCCAUGGACUUUUUUUUGUGCUCCUGGCUUUGAUAAUUGCCUAACACCCAUCCUUCUCCCCUCUGUAAAACACACACACACACACCGACACACCAAAACCAUAAACACCCCCACUUCCACCUGUGCACGUAUGUGAUGUGCCACGUUUGCAGGGCACUGCAUGAGGACUUUAGUUCUACAUUUUCUAGUUGACACGGGUGGACAGCCAUUGCUUAAGAUUGACUGAACCUUAAGGACUUCUGGACUCUGAUUGGCUCCUGCCUUGUGAGAAGUGGAAAUGAUUUGGAUUUUUUUCCCCCCUGCUGAUGCUGUGGGUGGUGGUGAUGAUAAUCAUGAUGGGGAAAUGGGAAGUUGUCAGUUCACUGAAGAGCUGAGUGGAAGUGGGGUGGGAGGUGGAGGGCUGUUCUAUCACUGGUUGGGCUUCCUGCAGGAGGGUUAGGCCAAGAGGAAGUGGGUCACACGGGCUUACCAAUUCCCUCCCCACCACUACGGUUGGAGGUCUCCGUGACGGUGGACUGUCCUGACAGUGGGAAGUUUUUUGUUUGUUUGUUUAUUUUAUUUUAAUGUUAUCCAUGAGGUUACUAGCUGCUCGCUGCAUAGAGUGAGUGAACCCCGAGUUUUAACCCUGUUCCUGGUUCUCAGACUGCAUUGGUAAUGUUUGUAUUGCUGUUGUUUGAUUGCACUCACAUUUGAUUACAGAAAGCGUCUAUAUAUGAAAUAAAAUACCUGCCAAGGA